GUAUUAUGAACCUCGUGAAGCUGGAGUAGAUGGUCAAUUAAUUCAGCAUGUUAAAGGUGCCGUAUUCGCCACUGAACAUGAAGAUGAAAACGGAGCAGAAUGCAUUAUACGUCUUGUGAAAAUGGCUAAGUCAUACGAUGAAUUUCUGCAAACAUGUGGUAGGAAGUUAGAGGAAGAUAAAUUCCUUUCCAUUGAUAAA